AUGGUACUCCUUUAUAAUAUUGUAGCACCGUUGAGCUCAGCUAACAGCGAGAACAACAACAACAACAGCAAUAACAAGGAUAAAGGUCAAAAUAGAUCAACAAAAACUAUUAAUAAACAAAUUCAUGCUGGUAAAACAGUUAGUAGUAAACAAGGAAGCAAGGGAUUAACAUCCGAAAAUAUACAAUUUCUACAGUUGCUUUGCUUUAAGGUGAUUGCAUAA